CUGCCCUUCACUCUCUUUGUCUCUCUCUCUCCUCUCUCUAAGUUUCGUUCCAAAGCCAACGGCAGAUUCUUCAUCUCUCUUUCUCAAUUUCUUUUCUUUUCUGCUUCUUCUAAUCUCAACAACAAAACCCACAAUUUCUUUUCACUCAAUUUGUGUUCUAUUGAGCUACCGGAUUCACCCCACAACUGUUCUUCGAAGAUCUUGGAAGAUUUUUGGCCGAAUUAUCCCAUCCCGGAAUUUGGGGUCCUUUUUUUCUCCGUUUGGGUUUGAAUAGAGUUAGGUUCUUUUGUUGGAUUUCUACGUUUUAGGAGAUGGUGGUGAAGAUGAUGAAGUGGCGGCCAUGGCCGCCGCUGGUUUCGAGGAAGUAUGAGGUUCGGCUUGCGGUGAGGAGACUAGAAGGGCUUGAUCCGCCGCGAGACGGCGGCGCGGAGAAGGGGGUGGACAAAUUGACGGUCGAGAUCAAAUGGAAGGGUCCGAAAAUGGCUCUUGGCCCGCUGCGGAGAACCGCGGUGAAGAGAAAUUACACGAGGGAGGCGGAGGGUGCAGAUCAAAACGGCGUCGCUCAGUGGGAUGAGGAGUUCCAGAGUGUCUGUACUCUCUCGGCUUACAAGGAAAAUGUGUUCCAUCCAUGGGAGAUCGUUUUCACUGCUUUCAAUGGCUUAAACCAAGGUUCGAAAAACAAAGUUCUGGUUGUUGGCUCAGCAUCUCUUAACCUGUCUGAAUACAUUUCCGUGGCUGAACAAAAAGAGCUUGAAUUGAAGAUACCCCUUAAUCCAUCUACAAAUUCUGCUGAGGCUAGUCAUGUUCUCUGGAUAUCACUGAACUUAUUGGAGCUAAGAACUGCUCAAGUUGUAUCACAACCUGUACAGAGAUCAGUAGCCCCAGCUCUAUCUCCACCCUGGCCAGGAGAAAGUGUCCCAGCAGAAAAGGAUGAGCUCUCUGCUCUUAAAGCUGGCCUCAGGAAAGUGAAGAUUUUUACAGAGUUUGUAUCGACUCGAAAGGUGAAAAAGGCUUGCCAUGAAGAAGAUGGCAGCGAGGGCAGGUGCUCUGCCAAGAGUGAGGAUGGCGGCGAGUCUAGCUACCCAUUUGACUCUGAUUCGUUUGAUGACAUUGAGGAAGGGGAAACAGAUGAAGGGAAGGAGGAUAAUACUAACAUUAGGAAGUCAUUUAGUUAUGGCACUCUGGCGUAUGCAAAUUAUGCUGGAGGAUCAUAUUACUCUGAUUUGAAGAUCAAUGGUAAUGACGAAAAUUUAGUUUACUAUAGUAACCGAAAAUCGGAUGUGGGGUGCUCGAGCAUGGAGGAUUCAACUGCAUCAGCCUCUGAGCAACCUUUGCCACAAAGUUCAAAGCGUGGCCUCCUGCCAUGGAGGAAGAGAAAAUUAAGUUUUAGAUCUCCCAAGGCAAAAGGAGAGCCGUUGUUGAAGAAGGCCUAUGGCGAAGAAGGCGGUGAUGACAUUGAUCAUGAUCGAAGGCAGCUCAGCUCCGAUGAAUCUCUUGGUCUCGGGUGGCAUAAGACUGAAGAGGAUUCAACUGCGAAUAGAUCAUCAGUUUCUGAAUUUGGGGAUGACAAUUUUGCAAUUGGGACUUGGGAGCAAAAAGAAAUCGUAAGCCGUGAUGGACAUAUGAAGCUGCAAACACAGGUAUUCUUUGCUUCUAUCGAUCAACGGAGUGAGCGGGCAGCCGGUGAAAGUGCAUGUACUGCUCUUGUAGAUGUUAUUGCUGAUUGGUUUCACAACAGCCAAAAUCUCAUGCCUAUAAAAUCUCAGUUUGAUAGUUUGAUUAGAGAUGGCUCAUUAGAGUGGAGGAAACUCUGUGAAAAUGAAAUUUAUCGGGAAAAAUUCCCGGACAGGCAUUUUGAUCUAGAAACUGUCCUCCAAGCCAAAAUCCGACCCCUUUCUGUAGUUCCAAGGAAGUCCUUCAUUGGUUUUUUCCAUCCAGAUGGCAUAAAUGAGGCAAGUUUUGAUUUUUUGCAUGGUGCCAUGUCCUUUGAUAACAUAUGGGAUGAGAUUAGCCGUACGGGGUUAGAAUUACCCGACAACAGUGAACCACAAGUUUAUAUUGUCAGUUGGAACGACCAUUUCUUUGUUCUUAAGGUCGAAUCUGACGCGUACUACAUAAUCGACACGUUGGGGGAGAGACUUUAUGAAGGAUGCAAUCAGGCCUACAUCUUGAAAUUUGACAGCAACACUACAAUCAGUAAAAUGCCUGACACUAAUCAGACAGCAGGUGAAAAAACUGCCAACGAUCAGCAGAUUGUUGCGACAGUAGUCGAGGACAAGGACCAACAGGUAAACGGGAAGGAAGAGAGCUUGAUGACACUAGCGAAUGUAAGCUCACAGCCCGAAGAACCAACAAAGGAGAAAGACGAAGUGUUGUGUCGCGGGAAGGAAUCCUGCAAAGAAUACAUCAAGAGCUUCUUGGCUGCUAUCCCAAUUCGGGAACUGCAAGCUGAUAUCAAGAAAGGCCUAAUGGCAUCAACCCCGCUUCACCACCGGUUACAGAUCGAACUGCACUACACCCAGCUAUUACAACCUCCACCCAACUCUCAGGAAGCAGAAGAUCUCAAAGCCGCCACGCCUCAAAGCCCCGACGCCACAAUAGCAGACGCCGCUACUUCGCUGCUGCUACUACAACCACACAAGCCUGAUGUAAAUUGUAGGAAUGCUUGAUUAAUCUAACUUGUUUUUGGUUUUUCUAAGUGACUGAGAGCUUAACAAAAAAGAGAGGAGUCUAUGGAGAAGGCUUUCCAGUUGCAUAAGAGAGGGAUAUGGCUGUGUUUCUUUUUUGCUUGCUUUUUGGUGUCUGAUCUGAUCUGAUCUGCCAUGGAUAUGAACCUCUUGGACAUAAAUGAGUAGUCUUCUGUGAAUUAUUACAUCAACUGUUCUGCUCUUCUGCUCUUCUGCCAUUUUUUUUCUUACUUUCUGCUGUAAAUUUCAAGAACAGAGACCCCCCCCCCCCACUGUAACUUUCUUUUUUUAACUUUUGGCAGGCUGGUAAAAGACAGAGAGAUAAAUUCCAAGCAUUUUGGUGGUGCUUUUGUGGUUUCAAUUCCCAAUGUAUAAUGUGGUGGAGGGUGUUGUUUUUUGUGGUUCAUUUCAUAGGUUUAUCAGCACAAUUAUUUGUUGUUCCAUUAUCAUUUGUGGUAUCCUAUCAGCUAUUUUGAGGUGGU